UACGAUUUGGCUACAGUUUCGGCUUCUCUUUUUUUCUCGUCCACCAACUUAAACUAGUUCUCUCCUCUUUCGUAGCAGAAAAUAUAAUUUUUGCAAUAUUUUCUUCCAGAGAAUCUCUCCAUUUUUAGGAUUCUUCUUCUCCUUCGUCUUCUUACACACAUUAGUCUCUCUAUUGAAUAAGAAUCUCAGCUCAGGUCGGAUUUUUAAGAGCUAACUAAGUUAAGAUGAUGGAAAUAGCUUACCAGCCUCGGGUUGAUUCCGAGAUCGAAUCACUAGUCGAGAGAAUCAACCCUCCCAGGGUUUGUGUAGACAACGACUCAGACCCAGAGUGCACACUUGUUAAGGUAGAUAGCGCGAACAAGUACGGGAUAUUACUGGACAUGGUUCAAGUUUUGGCUGAUCUUGAUCUUGUUAUCUCAAAAACUUACAUCUCAUCCGAUGGUGAAUGGUUCAUGGAUGUGUUUCACGUGACGGACCAACUCGGGAAUAAGCUCACAGACCGAAGCCUUAUUCUCUACAUUCAACAGGCUAUAUGUUCUAGUAGAACGGGAGGUAUAACGAAGGAGAUGCAGAGUAAUCUAAAACGGGAGGUGCAACAGCGCCACGUGUCUACAGAGCACACGGCGUUUGAGAUAACCGGGACAAACCGACCAGGUCUACUGUCCGAAAUCUCCGCCGUACUUUCGGACAUUGGAUGUCACGUGACAGCCGCUGUUGCGUGGACCCACCACGAGCGAGCGGCGAUGGUGAUUUAUCUAGAAGAUGGGUUUAACGGUGGGCCCAUUAUUGACCCGAUGAGAAAGGCCCAAGUAAAGGAUCAUCUGGAUACUGUCAUGGAGGCCCAUCAUAGGGUCGGCGAUGAGUCUCGCGUCGUGGUGAGGAUCGUCGAGGCUAAAGGAGCGCCGGUCGGCUGGGCUCACACUGAGCGACGACUUCACGAGCUGAUGUACGCCGAAGGGGACUACGAGAGCUGCUUCGACUGCGAUUGCUUUAGCGGUGACAGGUGCGAUGCCUUGUGGAGAGGAAGAUGUGAGAGGAUACACGUAGCGAUCGAGGCAUGCAAUGGUUAUUCAAUGGUGAACGUCAAGUGCAGAGACAGGCCAAAGCUACUAUUCGACACGGUGUGUGCUUUAAAAGAGUUACAAUUCGUAGUGUUUCACGCAGUCGCCGGAGCUAAAGGGUCCACGGCGGAGCAAGAAUAUUUCAUAAGGAAGAAGAAUGGGUGCACGUUGGAAACGGAAGUGCAAAGAGAGAGACUAAGACAUUGUUUGGUCGCUGCCAUAUCGAGACGCGCUUCACGAGGUUUGAAACUUGAGAUUCGGACACAGAACAAGAUGGGUUUGUUGUCGGAUGUGACUAGGGUUGUGAGAGAAAACGGGUUGUCGAUAACGAGGGCUGAAAUGAGUACGCAAGGUGAUAUCGCGGUUGGUUCGUUUUAUGUAACGGAUGUGAAUGGUGGUGAGACGGAUCCGAACGCUGUGGAAGCGGUUGUACGAGAAUUGGGUGGCGCGGUUGUGUCAGCUGUUAAAGCGGUUGGGAUGAUGUCGAUGAGGAUGGGUGGUUCAACGAGUGCUAGUGUGGAGCAGCAAGACAAAGCUAAGUCCUCGAUUGGGAGAAUGUUUUGGUCUAAAUUAGAGAGAUUAUCAACGUCGAUUAGAUCGUUGUGAAAUAUUUAAUUUUGGCCUCUCUUCAUUAAUUUGUCCUUGUAAAUAUAGCUUGAAUUUAGAGGAAUCUUUGCAGAUUGAAUUCGCAUAAUUGGUUUUAAGGUGAUA